AUGCAAGCUGCAGGCCAGGGUUUUGUUCAGCCAAUGAGAGGUGGUCAGCAGCCACCGAAAGGCCGUGGGAAACAAGUGAAGGCUGAGCAUCAGUUACCUUCAGGGUUACUUCAGCCAGUUAAAAUUCCACUUUGGAAGGGCAAGAGAGUAACCAUGGAUUUUGUGAGUGGGAUGCCCUUAAUGCCUACUAAGAAGGAUUUGAUAGAGAUCCUCGUUUCACGUCUUGAUUCUAAAAGAAGUUACACGAGGUUUUGGGUACAAGACUGGACUUUAGUACUGCGUUUCAUCCCCAGAAAGAUGGUCAGUCAGAGAGGGUGUCGUACUCUUACCUGUUGGACUGAGUUGGGCGAGCGACGAGUUCUGGGGCUAGAGUUAGUUUCUGAUACCGAAGAGAAGGUAAAAUUGAUUCGAGACUAUUUAAAGGCAGCAUCUGAUAGGCAGAAGCCUUACGCGAAUCUUAAACGCCGAGAGAUUGAGUAUUCUACGGGGGACUUCGUAUUUCUCAAGGUCUUUCAAUGGAAAAAGAUACUGAGGUUUAGACGAAAGGGUAAGCUUAGCCCUAAGUUCAUUGGGUCGUACCGUAUACUGAAGGGUGUGGGACUGGUCGCAUAUCAACUUGAGUUGCCUUCAGAAUUGGACCAGAUUCAUGAUGUAUUCUACAUGUCCAUGCUGAGGCGUUAUCGUUCUGACCCCAAACACAUAGUACCAGUCGAGGAGAUCGAGGUUAGUUCAGAUCUGACCUUCGAGGAGGAGCCAGUACAGAUAUUGGACCGUGAGGUUAAGGUACUGAAGAAGAAAUCUAUUCCGCUAGUUAAAGUGCUUUGGCGUAAUCACAAUUCAGAAGAAGCCACGUGGGAACCCAAAGAGGUGAUACGACAACAAUACCCUCAUCUAUUCUGA